GCGAUUGUAAAAACCGAGAUGUCGUUCAAAGGCGUGGGGAAUGUGAGAAAUCGAGCGAUUGGUUUUUGUGACGUACGAUUGCGUGUAGAUGGACACGAGUACAAAAUUCGCUUGUAUGUUACUGCGAAUAAUUUGUUGAAUCACAAAAUGCUGAUCGGAACCGACUUUCUAGACCAUUUAAGGCUUGCUCGAGAGAAAGGCGUGUGUAUGAUUGUACCGCGCAGCGAGAGCGAGGAGAAUGAUGAAGUACCGGAGAUUUUGAGGAUCGAAGCGAUUGAGGAACGCGGAAAGAGUGAAAUUCAAAUAUCUGAGUUUUCCGAACCGAAAAACCGCGAGAAAAUUCAAAAUCUUGCCGAGACGUAUGAACCGAACAAAUGUCGCGAGGUAGGGGUAAAAAUGACGAUCGUGGUGAAGGAUGAAGAACCGAUUUAUCAGAGAGCGCGACGUUUGAGUGAAGCCGAAAAGCGAGAGGUGAAUGCGCAGAUUCAAGAGUGGAUAAGCGAAGGAAUUGUCCGCGAAUCUCGCCCAGAUUUUUGUAGCCCGAUUGUAAUUGUGAAAAAGAAAGAUGGCUCAAGUUGAUUGUGUGUGGAUUACCGAAUGAUGAAUCAAAAAAUUAUAAAAGAUCGUUAUCCGCUACCGUUGAUUAAAGAUCAACUCGACCUGCUGCAAGACGCGAAGGUUUUUUCGAACUUGGACUUGCAAAACGGAUUCUUCCACGUAGAAGUAGAUGAAGCGAGCAAAAAGUAUACAUCGUUUGUUGUACCGGAUGGUCAAUUUGAAUUUUGCUGACAAGUCCCUUUUGGCCUCUGCAACUCUCCCGCGACGUUUCAAAAAUUCAUUAACGUAGUUUUUCGCGAUUUAAUAACAGAGCGCGUGGUUUUUACGUACAUGGACGACCUCAUUAUUCCAUCGAAAGACGAGAAAAGCGGAGUCGAAAAUAUUGAGCGUAUUUUCAAAGUUGCAAGCGAGGCGGGAUUAAUGUUCAAAUGGUCGAAGUGUUCUCAUAUCUAAACGUAGUAUUUGUCUUUAUCUCGAUUCCGUAAUUACACUACAAAAUUAACACCAUUAACCAAAUAAUGAAAAACACCACAAUAUUGUAGUCUAUUAUUGAUGAAUUACCUUUAUCUCACAGAUAACUUGAGGGAAUCAUCGACAAACAUAAACCUCCCUAUCGAAACAUCGCCAAGCAAACUGAUUAGGAGUGAAGAAAUCAUGCGAGUCAACUCUACGAUUCCUAAAGAUACACAUUCUUAUCAAAAACCAAUCCCUGAUAACGUUGAGCAGCCAAAACCUAGUGUUUCUCCUGAUGAAAAUCCCAAUAGUCCUAGAAGUUCCACGACAAGAUACGAAUCUGAAAAUACUAAGGCACUGACAUCUACACAUACCUUAUCCCAAAUCAAUGAAUCCCUGUUACCGUUGGAGCCUUUGGUUGGUUCGAAAAUGAGUCCUACGAAAUGGAAUGCGUUACUCGAAGAAGGAAGUCCAUCAUUUUCUUUCGACGAAUUAUUAACCAAAGAUAUUGGUGCAACUGUUACGUCAGACAAAAAAAAACUUCAAAAACCACAUCCGACCUAUAACCCCAGGUCUAGCCGAACUACUAAUGAAAAAAGUUUCGGAAAAAGUCGUAACAUAACUCACGAAGAGUAUACUAUCCUUCUAACGAAAGUGGUACACAUUGAACAAGAAAUGAAAGCACAGUCGUCACUAAUGAGAAAUAUCGAACAUUUCCUUCAAACAAAAUUCGGUAAUUCCUAUGGAAAAGAAACACUGACCGACAAAUUUGGAACCGAUUUUCCGGUGAAAACUUUGGAUGACCUAUACUCGGUGGAAAAAAAAUUAUCAGAAAGCCUCAAAGCUCGCAAAGACUUGAAAUCUACCAUCACUAUGACAGUUGAUCCUGAAGAAAAACUAUCUAAAAAUAUGGCUGUUGUGAUGAAAAAACUUAUAGGGCGAGAAAUCGCUAUGAAGUAUACGGCGAUAAGAAAAAUCGAUGGAAAGAUGGUGUUUUCGGUAAAUGUACCGAAUUUCUGCAACUGCAUCGUAGAAGCCCUGACGUCUCGACUUCAAAUGACAGAGAGGAAAAUAUAUGCAGCGAUGGGCACCACUUUCACCAAUUCCAAAUAUUGGGACGGCCAUAGGCCGGUUCGUGCUAAAAAACCGAGUGAAAAUGAAAUAUAGUUUUGUUUUUUUAAUAAAAUAUUUUAUGCAAUGUUUCUGAAAAAAAUAAAAAUUGAUUUAUAUCCUUA